UAAACCCUUAAAGAAUACUUAUAAAUAGAAGCUACUCCGCAUUUGAGCUAAACCAGAAAUCAGAAUAGUGAAUGACCUCUAUCUCAUCUCUCCAUUCUCCUUCUUCAUAAGAAACAAUAAUAUCUCACUCCUUACAAUAAUCUUCCACAAAUCAUAUCAUACCUUAUAUGUAGGACUAUAUACUACAUCUAUCAAAACUUUAUUCUAUUUAAAUUUUCUUAUUUUUUAAAGAAAAAUGGUGAAGUUUGUGGAAUGUACCAAUUGCCACACUACCUUACAACUCCCGCAUGGUGCUCAGUCGAUACGCUGCGCGGUCUGCUGCGCAGUGACUAGUGGCACCACAGGUCCUCGGAGGACCCGGUUAUUAUCGUACAUGAACAACUACUUCCCUAUGUCUGUCGGACGCACCCCUCUCGCAGCCGGUCAGACAAUUCAAGCUCCUUCAGCCUUUGGCCGAAAGAGGGCUUUGAUAAUUGGUAUUACAUAUAAGAAAACUAAAAAUGAGCUCAAGGGAUGCAUCAAUGAUGCUAAUUGUAUGAAGUACUUGCUUGUCAAUCGGUUCAAGUUUCCUCAGGACUCUGUUCUCAUGCUCACUGAAGAAGAAAGAGAUCCAUACAGGAUUCCAACUAAACAUAACAUAAGAAUGGCAAUGCACUGGCUUAUGCAAGGUGUUCAAUCAGGAGAUUCUUUGGUGUUUCAUUAUUCUGGCCAUGGGUUACAACAAAGAAACUACACUUUCGAUGAAAUUGAUGGUUAUGAUGAAACACUUUGCCCCUUAGACUUCAAAACACAAGGAAUGAUUGUUGAUGAUGAACUAAAUGCAACAAUUGUUAGGCCUCUUCCUCGCGGUGCGAAGCUUCACGCCAUCAUAGAUGCUUGUCACAGUGGUACUAUGCUGGAUUUACCAUUUUUUUGUAGGAUGGACAGAACUGGACGAUAUGCAUGGGAAGACCAUCAUCCUCUAACGGGAGCAUGGAAAGGAACAAGUGGAGGAGAAGUCAUAUCCUUUAGUGGUUGUGAUGAUCAUCAAAAAUCUGCAGAUACAGAUAGUUUAUCCAAGGUCACUUCAACUGGUGCAAUGACCUUCUCUUUCAUUCAAGCAAUUGAACGCGGACAUGGAAUUACUUAUGGGAGUAUUCUGAACGCAAUCAGAUCUUUCAUCCGCAGUUCUGAUAGUGAUUUAGGUAGUAACAUCGUCACUUCUCUUCUCACAAUGCUGAUUACCAGAGGAAGCGAUGGCUUUGGGAUGAGACAGGAGCCCCAGUUGACUGCUAAUGAGCCAUUUGAUGUGUACACCAGAAAGUUUUCACUAUAACAUCGUAACUUUCAUACAGUUUGGGCGCGGCGCACAUAUUCUUAUUUGAGUUAUCGGAGAGAGAGAGAGGUAUUCCUACUAAUUCCUUUUGAAUAAGGCUACACUCCUUCAAGGCAUUGAAACUAUUGAGAAGAGAAUCUUUGUUAGCAUCUCCAUAGAUUUCUAGUUCUUUAACCUCUGUAUUGCUAAAUUUACUUAAGCUUCUUGUCUUCUUUUCUGUCUUGAUUCCCAAUCAAAGAACAAAUGUAACAUUAUUGGCUUACCUCCAAGAGAAUAUUUGUGUUUCCGUUUAGUGGGGAGUUUUGAUACAAGAAAUAUUUGUAUGAACACACUUUAGAAUGGGCAGCUCGUUUAUUCAA